AUGAAAAAAGAGAGAAAAACCAACCAUUGAAGCUUUCAACUUUUCUCUCCUCUGCUUCUACCUUCGCUUCUGCUGCAUGGAGUUCGAUUCCAACUUCAAAGAUGAUCUCCCGCUCCUCUCGAGCUUCUUCUCCGAUAAGCCAAAGUCGAAGCGGCAGCUCAACGACGACGACAAUGACGAUGACACCGGCGAAUUUUCCGCCAUGGAAUUAGCCACCUCUCCAUCAUCAUCCAAGGGUUUGUUCCACAAUUUGCAGCUCCACAGCUUCGAUCAUGAUCAUCAUCAUGAUCAUAAUCAUAAUCGACAUCAUCAAUAUCUUCAUCACUUCCCCAUCAACGGAUCUGAUUCAAUCAACAAUAACUCGAGCCAGCACGAGCUCGAUCGUCAUCAGUUCUCAAUCAACGGGUCCUUACAAACCCUUCUUUCAGGCAUGCCAACCCAAAGCUUUGAUCCAAAUUUUCAACCUUUUGGCAAUGAAUUCUCUAAAGAUCACACCUUUGAAAAUGGGGCCAAGUUCAUGCAUGGCCUUCUAGGCUCAAGAGCCGUUUGGACAAAUUUUCCCGGAAACUUUCUGCCUCAAUUUUCUCAGCCGCCAAACAGUAGUAGUAGUAGUACUCAUUUAGGGCUGGGACCAGCAACUGCAGGGCGGUGGUUUCUUGAUGAGAUCUCUUAUAAUACCGACAAUGGAUACGAUCAGAACAAGAAGAAAAAAAGAAUUCAGUCGAGAAAGGAGAACCGCCCUCCUCCAACCAAGCUGCCGAACAUCGUAAAAGGACAGUGGACUCCUCAAGAAGACAGAUUGUUGGUGCAGCUGGUUGAUGAAUAUGGAGUCAAAAAAUGGUCACAAAUUGCAAAAAUGCUGGAAGGGAGAGUUGGAAAGCAGUGCAGAGAGAGAUGGCAUAACCACCUCAGACCAGACAUCAGGAAAGACACAUGGAGUGAAGAUGAAGACAGAAUAUUAAUAGAAGCUCACAAAGACAUCGGAAACAGAUGGGCGGAGAUUGCCCGGCGGCUGCCUGGAAGGACUGAAAACACCAUAAAAAACCACUGGAACGCCACAAAACGCCGCCAAAAUUCCAAGAAGCUGAAAGGAAAAUACCGUGAUUCCAAUUCCAACGGCUCCAUCCUUCAAAAUUACAUCAAUUCCGUCACCGCCGGAGAGACCAAAAUCUCCGAUUCGAUGCCGCAGCUUGUGGACAGCCUCAGCCCUGCGGCGGUGAACGGCGGAGGGUUCUACUUCGAGUUCGGGUCGGGAUCGGGAUCGGGUUCCGGAUCCGGAUCCGGAUCCGGGACGGAGAUGGAGUGUUUGAAUCUGAUGCAGAAUGAUGAGAUGAAAUCGGAGAUGGAUCUGCUGGAGCUGAUUUGCCAGGGAAAUCUUUGAUCCAUAUAACUAUCUAUAUGUAUCAUCUAAAUACAAUACAUGUUAUAAUAUCAUAAUAAUUAGGGUUUAAAACUGCAAAAACAAACUCGAAACUCGUCACACAUGGAAGCGAAACUCUUUUUUUAGGGUUUCAUUUCGGAGUUCAACUUUGAAUGAUCUUGUUUAUGUUUGCUUGUAUUUGAUCUCGUGUGGAUUUUUGUUUUCAUCUUAAAUGUUGAAUGAAAUUAAAAAUGUGAAGGUCA